AUGGAUUGUAAAUUGAGUUCUUCUUAUAAAAUAAUACCAACAAGACUAUUCCAAACUUCUUCAUUCUCUGAUGUAACUGUAGAGAAACCAAUAACUAAACCAAUAUCCAAUUCUAAUACACGAUGUGUAUUAAGUAAGAAUUUGGAAGAUUUAUUAUAUGUUGAUGAUCUGAAUGAUGAAGAGGUUAUAGUGUGUCUUUUACGUAGAUUUUUCCGUCAAAAGUACUUUACGUACUUUGGAAAAGUUUUAUUCUUUCUUCAACCGGAUCGUGACAUAUUAACAAAUUCAUCACAAUUUUUAUAUUCAGAUCUUCAUAAUCAAUGUCAUCUAUACUCAUUUUUAAAACAAAUUUUUGCUGAAUUUAUCAGUUCAGAUGGAGUUUGUAUAUUUUUCCAUGGUGACAGUAAUGAUCAAUUACAUACAAUGAAUAAAUCACUUAUAUUCCUAUUAAAACUUGCCAAUAUACAAGGAUUUCAAGGUGCUGAAGAAUUAAAUGUGAGAAUAAAUGAUGUAAUGAGAUUAUUGGAAUAUUGGACAAGUGAUUCUACAAAUUUGAUGACAAGUUAUAAGAUAAAUUUCGUUGGAAAUUGUGUCGAGUCAGUGAAUUUCAUCCCGAAUUUCGCAACAGAUUUUUCAAGUCUAAGUGGACAUGUAAAUAUGAAGUUACCUUCAAUUUUCUAUGGAUUGAUUUAUUCCAUUCUAAAGGGUAAAAAUUUACAUUGGAUCACAUAUACAUUACCAUUACAACUUGUUAAAGAAUUAUUAAACUCAAUUCCACAUAUUCUUGAUCCAAUACAACAUAUUAAUAAUUUCUCCCACAUGAUGAAUAUAAUGAUGAAGAUUGGAUUUAUGGUAGAUGAAUUAAGAGAAAUGAAUAAAGUAUUAUUAUCAAUAUUAAUAUUUAAUUACAUGUCAAGAGUUAAUUUAAGAGUUGGUAAUACAAGAGUUGGUAAUUUGAUGGAAUUAUUGGAUUUGGUUUGUAAUUUAUUGGAAAUUGGAAUAAUGAAAGAAUCUAAUACAAAUCUCAAGUCAAAUGAUAUAAUUUUCAAGGCUGAAAUUAAGAAAUCAACUCCAGAACAAUUUUAUAAUAUACCAACAGCACUUUUUUUACGACUUAAACAUUUAAUUUAUACUAAAAUUAAUCAAUUUCUCAUCUAUCAAACUGUAGAGCCCGAUAAGAACAGUACUAAGAAUAGUAAUAGGAAUGGUAUUGUAGAUGGUGUUGGUACUAAUAGUACUAAGAAUAGUAAUACUAAGAGUACUAAUGACUCUAGUACUAAGAACUCUAAUACCCGUUAUGACUCUAGUACUUUGAAUACUAAUAAUGAUGAGAAUAUAAAUGAGUAUCAAUUAAGAAGUAUAAUAAUGUAUAAUAAUUGUAUUAUGGAUCAAUCUUAUCAACGGGAUCAUUCCAAUCAAUCUGGUCAACCUAAUCAAUCCGAUCAAUCGGAUGAUUUGAAUAAAUUUAUUAUUAAUAUAUCGGAAGAAAUGUUAUUGAAUAAGUUUUAUAAAGUUGUAGAAAAGAAAUUUGGAUAUCCAAUUGAUUCUGAAAUUGUACAAAGAAAUAAAUUACUUGUAAAUAAUCUAACAGGACAGAUGGGAUUAUUAACACAAAUCACAUCACAAUCCAUUAAAUUAUAUAAUGAACAAAAAUUAUCUAAUGAACCAAUAGAAUAUAAUGAACAAAAAUAUAAUGAACAAAAAUAUAAUGAACCAAUAGAAUAUAAUACAAAAGAAUAUAAUAUGAAAAAGAUAAUAGAAAUGGAAUCGAAAUUAUAUAUACUGAAUCCAAUAAUAAAACUAUUGAAAUAUUCUAAAAAUUCCAUAUUAAAAUCGUUAUUAUUUACAAAUAAUUCAUUACAUCGUUUUGUUGGUAAUUUAACAUUUCUACUUUCAUAUUAUUCUUAUAUCAAUUCUGAGGAAUAUCAUUGGUAUUUUAUUUCGUGUACAACCAAACAACAACAUAUAAAUCGGGAUAUACAACAAGAUAUAGGACAGAAUAUAGAGAAAUUAGAAUUUGAUAAAUGUGUAAAUAAAUUAUACAAUUUCUAUACUAAUCAUAUACCAAUACUAGAAAUAUGUAAUAUGGAAAGAAAUAAUAAUAAAGUGAAAUAUGAUUUGGAACAAUAUACAAGAUAUAAUUAUUCAUUAUUAUAUAAAUUUACAAAUGUUAAAUUACAUAAAACAUUAAAACAAUUAACAAAUGAACAAAUUGUUAAAUUAUUAUUUAAAUCAUUAAAUAUAAAUGAAAAUAUGUAUGAAAUUGAUAAGAAUAUAAUAACAAUAAGAAUGACAAUACAAAUCAGAAUAUUAACAUUAAUUGAAGAAUAUAAUACAAGUCAUAAGAAAGUAAUUGUAAUACAAAAUUGGUAUAAAACAAGAAAAUAUAUUUCAUUAAAAAGACAAUUGAUAAAUAAUUUUAUACGAAUACAAUCAUUAAUUCGAAUGAAAUUAAUCAAUAAAACAAUAAAACUACAAAAUCAAGCCAAAAUUAUUACCAAUCAAUUCAUCAGUAUGAUUAUCUAA